AUGUGGAAUCGCUUUGUUCAUGACGAAUGCCGCGAAAUUUCUGACCUUAUUCUGGUAAAGCCGAUUAUUUUAGGAACACGGAUCAAAGUUUCUUCUUAUAAUAGUCUAUCACUGUCAUCAAGACCGACGAGUGUCUUUAUUGUUGAACCCCUUCUUUCAUCUUCUGUUGCAUUACGUUCAUGGGCAGCACAAAAUGAUAAAUUGCUGGAAGAGAUCAUUGGAAAUAGUUUUGGAUCAGCUUCAAGUAGUUCCACCGAUCCAAUCAUAAAAGUAUUUGAAAUCGCAGAAAAACUGAUAUCUGCUCCAGCAAUGGCGAGGUCCACAUAUUUGGUUAGAGGCAAAUUUAGAAUGAUUGAUUUUCACCAGUCAUUCCACUACGUAUCAUGCGAGAAUUGCAAUAAGGCAACUGGCUAUGACCUCGGUGAAAACUUCAUAUGUUAUAGUUGCAAGAAUGCAGCAAUUGCACGGGCAAGGUGUCGAGUUUACUUAGAUGUGUAUGAUGAUACCACAUCGAUACCCGUUGUUAUUUUUGGAUCUUUGGCCGAGAAAAUUUUGGGAUGCACAGCUGUUGAUCUUAUAGAUCGUAUAGACGAGGAACAUCUGCCUUAUAUUGAAAACAUUGCAAACAACAUUGAAAAUAAUGAAUGGAUCGUAGUCUUGGGCGCGCAGAUUAAUGAAUCUGGGAGGUUACGCCGAAACAAACUUACUGUAUUAUCUGUUAAUAACGUCACAAAAACAGCAGAAUGA